AUGGACAUGGAUAUCAUGGUGAUUGGUCGAAUAACACCGAGCAUGAAUGUUUGGCGCCACCUACGAAAAGUCCAAGAUUCUUGGAAAGGCGGUAGGCUCGGUGGGGUAGAGACCGUAUCGGGACUGCCCAGAUCGCUGCUAGAUAUUCUCGCUGAUAUGAGGGAGAGCAGCGCGAGUGACAUAGAAUCCCAGCUCUGGACUUGGCCGGGAGAGAUUGGUGAGCAUGCCCAAUGCAUGCUUUGGGACUGCUGGCGGUAUACAGCGGUCUUACAUGUGAGGCGAUUAUACCGAUCUAGAAGAAAGUUGGCAUCAUCCGAUGAUGAGAACCGGCCGGGACCUCACUCAGGUGACAUGACAUCAUUCCCGUCAAGAGAAGUCGUCAUGUGUCGUUUGGCGGCAUCGGUUUACGCACUAUACAGGGCAGUUGAAAUGCCUGCCAACCACCACCUUCUGGUUCACAACGGGCUCAUGUAUCCUUUAGUGAUAGGCAGCCUCGAAGUCCCCAUCCUAAAUGCUCAUCCAGAGUGGAAGCAGGUUUUCGACGAUGUGCGGUCAUCGUUCUUGAGGAAAGACUCAUUUCGGCUCAUAAAUAUAGUUGACGAGGUUCUUGAAGAAGCAUCCAGGGAGGGAACUGAUACAUUUGACAUAGAAGAAGCUGCUAAGGCUCGAGGUGUUGAGAUCGCAGUCUUUUAA